AGCAGGGUGGACGUUCGCAACCCUUGGAGAACUUUCGCGGCUAAACUGACUUGUUUGUUCCCCGAAACGUAAUGGCAUCUCCGGUUAGCAAUAACGACGGUGAUUGUCGAGGUCGCUUUCACCGCUGGUGCCAGGGUCGGCGCUGUCAGCUGUGGAGACUUCUGCUGCUGCCAUUCAUCCCCAUCCUCGCGUUAAUCGUACAGACGACCCUAUCACUAAAGAACAGUCUCACCAAUGGCUUAGAGGUGGCCGAUGUUGAAGAACAGGUGAGCAGAGCCACGGAACUCGGCAAGCUGGUAACGCGGCUGCAGCAAGAGAGAUCUGAAGUAGCCUUCUUCAUUUUCACAAAUGGCAGUACGCUCAGGUCGAAUCUUACCCAGCGGUUCUCUAGCACGGACAGCGCUUUGGAGCAGAUGGGUGAUUUGCCGCUACUGGUCUUUAAGAACAGACAGAUGCCUGUGGACGGAGCUGGUUUUCUGGAGGAGUUGUCUGACCUAAGGGCCAAAAUAAAUCCGGGUGCACCAAUGUCGGAGGUGGUGGAAUGGUACACGAAUGCCAACGCAGCGUUACUAACUCAUCUCACCAAGGAGAUCAAGGAUACAGAUAGCAGCACUAUUUGGAGAUAUUUAGUUGGAUUCAAGAAUCUACUUCGCAGUAUUGAGUGUAAAGGAAUCGCUUCAGUGCUUGGUAUCAACUACUUUGCAAGAGGAUACCUGCUACCACGGGCACAUGAGAGGUACAUAAGUCAUAUGGUGUUGGGUCGUGAUCUCCUAGACAACACCUUGAACUUGGUUCCAUCACUGAUCCCACUCCACAAAGACAUCAAGGAAGACAGCCCAGAGUACCAGGUUCUAGAGAAAAAGAAUCAGCAGAUAGUAGACAAUAAGGCACAGGCUGGUAGCGUUGCAGAUGCUAUUGACUAUUUUGAUCAAACUGCUACUCUGCUGGGGAGGCUUCGAGCAGUCCAGAAACAACUCCGAGAAUAUAUAAGAGAUGGUGUUAACGAGAGUCUCAGAGAAGCACGUCGGAGUGAGGCUGUGUGUGCAGCUAUACUUGUCCUCGUGUGUGUGAUAUCUCCUAUCAUCAUUGUGUUGGUACGCAACGCUGUCAACACUAUACAGGUAUACGCACGAAACCUUUCUGAAAAAGCAAGAGAAUUGGAGUAUGAGAAGGAACUGAGUGACUCCCUUCUGUAUCAGAUGUUACCAGCCAGCGUAGCGAAGCAGCUAAAACAAACCCAGCAGGUACCGGCGGAGUUUUUUGCUUCAGUAACUGUGUACUUCAGUGAUAUUGUGGGGUUCACUGCUAUCGCCGCUGUAUCUACUCCGUAUCAGGUGAUAAGUUUCUUAAAUUCAGUCUAUAAAUUGUUCGACGAAAGGAUUGAAUGUUAUGAUGUCUAUAAGAUUGAGACUAUCGGAGACUCCUACAUGGUCGCGUCGGGGUUACCCGUUAGAAAUGGUAAUCGACACGCAACAGAAAUAGCGAGCAUGGCUCUUGAGCUUCUAGAAGCAACGUCAAAGUGUCGACUGCCUCAUAGACCAGACCAGACACUCUGCAUGAGGAGUGGAAUUCACAUGGGGCCGUGCGUUGCUGGUAUAGUUGGGUCCAAGAUGCCUCGUUACUGCCUCUUUGGAGACACCAUUAACACAGCCAGUAGGAUGGAGAGUACCGGAGAACCAAUGAAGAUACAAAUAUCUGAUGACGUGAAGCGGGCAUUGGACAGAACUGGUCUUUUCGUUACAAGUCGCAGGGGUUUGAUUGACGUGAAGGGUAAGGGUGAAAUGGUGACUCACUGGCUGGAUGGCAGGACUGGUCCUUCUCCAGCUCGUCCCACAACCUCACUCGACUGUACACCAAGCUUCCUGGAACGAAUACAUUCACAAGGAAGAACAUCUCCAAGAUAUCAGAGUAUUAAACGAAAUAAUUGUUAAUUUAUUUUUAAUAUUGUAUCAAGCGUUUGUUUUUUUUUAUGAAACAUUAUUGUAGCAGAUAUUUUAUUAUUAAUUGUGUUUAUUUUAUCUUAUGAGUUCAUUCUCAAAUAAUGGAGGAUCAUGUUGAAAACUGUAAAAUUAUAAAUGGACGAUAUUCGACCCUGUUAUUAUUUUUUUCGAAGUAUACUCCGUUCCUUUUAUAAGUUUUUUUGAUCUUAGUUGUGAUGAUGAUGUCGGAUCUGACGAUGGUGAUCAUUGCUUUGGGUAUGCCCGGAACACCCGGUCAUAUGGCACCUAAUAUAGAUUUAAGAGAUUGUAAGAGAAUUCAAAAUAAAUUAGUGGUAUGAAAGCUGGUCUUGCAUCAUCGAAAAUCUUGAUCUUACAAGGGUCUGCUUUUCCCACUUAAUAUUAGGUUAAAUUGUUAUUACUGCAUGCUAUUCAAUUUUAUUUUAAAACUUAAUUGUAUAGAAGCUACUGCCCACCAGAACUAGGCUUUCCUCUGAAAAGAUGCCUAAUUAUUGGGGAACCUUUAGA